AUACCUCGUGCCCCGACGCCUCCUCAAAGCUGUACCUCGUAUGGAAUAUAAAGAUAUCACGGGCGCCCUUCAGUUCUUCUCUCCGGACUAUGAGGACGCUGGGUCUUAACUCGGUUCUUCUGCUGGUGGCCAUCGCUUUCCCUAGUGUCAUUUCGCAAGCACAACCUCCGCCUGCGAAAUGUGACCCAGCUACUGGAUUCGACUGGGCCUUCAACUCCAAGGGUCAAAGUCCGUGCGAUGUAGCAAGCUAUCUGGCCAGUGUAUGCAACGCUGGGCAAUUUGAAGUCCCAGCCAUAAAUGCUACACAAACGUACUUGGGCCCUACCUUACAAACUGCAAACCCAUGUCGCUGCAAUACUGUUUUCUACUCGUUACUGAGUGCUUGCGCCGCUUGCCAAAACCGAAACUACAGCUACCUCAAAUGGUCGCUUUGGAGUACUAAUUGUUCUUCCGUCCACACAAACUUUCCAGAGGAUAUUCCAUCUGGGACGGCAGUUCCGAGUUGGGCCUACAUCGAUAUAACGUCCUCUGACGCAUUUGAUCCAAUCCGUGCAAAAUCGUCUGCCAAUGGCGCCGAGUCUACCGGAACACCUAAACCCACUGCAUCCAACAUACCAUCAGCACUGCAAUCUCCUACCGCUACCUCCCAGCCGUCCGGGUCUGGUGGUUCAAGUAACGCCGGUGCGAUUGCUGGAGGUGUGGUCGGAGGUGUUGCUGGUUUAGCAAUCAUAGCCGCUCUUGCGUUCUGGCUGUUCCGCCGCCGCCGUAGUCGUCAAAAUGUGGACCCCUCCUUCGAUAUCAACACUGGCCACUUACCGUCAAGUUCUGGAAGCGAACCAGCGACUCGUAUUGGGAGUCCCUAUUCGUUGGUGUCAGCUCCAGCAGCCAAAUUACGUUUAUAUGACCCCUCUGAUCCAACCACUUUCCCUAAUGCUAUGGGAACACAACCACAUGCCCCCACAUCUACAUGGCAAACUCAACCAGUAUCUCAGCACUAUCGUUCGCAAUCUGGUGAAUCCAGCAUCCACCCUGGGAAUGCUAGCGUAUAUUCUAUGCAGUCUCACAAUCGAAACUACAGUGGAACAGCUGAAAUUUAGAUUUACUGAUCGUGAAUUUCUUUUUGUUUUAUGAUAUCGGUGUCUGUUCUCCAGAUAUGUCAAUGCUAC